AUGGCGGGCAACCACUCGGAGGAUGCUAUCGGUAUUUUGAGGAGGCUUCUUGGUUCACCAGAACUCAUUAACUGUCUUGUGAACCAAGAAGCCUCUGGAAACACGAGAAAUCCCGUCAACAAUGAGAAUAAUGAGAUAAGCGUGUUGUUUAGGCCAAACCAAUGCGUAAAUGUUAAUAUGGGGAGCAACAACCCCCCUCCCCCCGUGGCUCAACAGGUGCAGACACCUCGCUUCCAAGCCAGGCGAUUCAGCAAUUGGGGCGGGCCGAAAGGAAAGAGAAGACCAAAACCAUCGUCCCAUCGUGUAAUUACAUUUUAUAAGGACGUAGUAUUGCUCUGCAGCCCCCGGGACAAAAAAGUCCCAAAGCAACAAAUGAAGGCCGUGUUACAUGAAAAGGGCCACAUCGUGAGUGCACUGGAAGUGGAUAAAACAUGGGACCACACGACCCUGCUACUCCAACUGCGUCAGGCGUUUGAUGGGAAGAUUCCUUCAGGAGCAAGUCUGGAGAUGCUUAUGCCGUGUGGGAACAAACUGGUUACACCCAAGCUUAGCAGAGGUCAGCAGUUAGACGCUUCUAUGGUGCACAAGAUCUUCAGAAGAGCACCGCUGUAUAUUAGGCCGUCAGUAGCCCUGGAGCCUACGAUGAGGGAAGGCUGUGACUCAAGUACAGAGGAAGAUGACUGGGUGGAAGAGGAGGACAUGUUUGUCCAGCCACUGCAGUUGCCCAGGCUUCAUGCAGCACCGAACAGAAAGCCCAAGCUUCUUCAUCGCAGCCCUCCACUAGUGACCAGACCCCUAAUUGUUGGCCAUACUCUAGACCUCACCUCUAUGCCCCAGCCACUGCAGUUGCCCAGGCUUCAUGCAGCACCCAACAGGAAGUCCAAAUGUUCUCAUCACAGCCCUCCACUAGUGACCAGACCCCUAAUCGUUGGCCGGACCCCAGACCUCAAGUCUAUGCCCCAGCCACUGCAGUUGCCCAGGCUUCAUGCAGCACACAACAAAAAGCCCAAGCUUCUUCAUCACAGCCCUCCACAAGGGGACCAGACCCCAAGUCAAUGUCAAAACGAUUAUGGAACGUACAUCGACCUCAUACAUGAGACAUCAGAUGAAGAUAAUGAUGAUGACCUGUACAGUGCUAUCAUUGCCAGUAUUGAGGAUCAGACGCAGCCAAAAGAAGACAUCCCCAUUAGUCAAAUAUUGAAUGAACUCAGUGACAAAAUUGAUAGCCUGCAAGUGUGCAAGUUCAACAUCAAUCGUUCUGCAGUCCUCGAUGGAGCAAUAAGGGGGUUCAGACGGCUCUCCUAUGACCCAAAUAAGAAGAUGUCCGUAAAGUUUUCCGAUGACAGGGGAACCACGGAGGAGGCUGUGGACCUCGGUGGCCCUCGCCGAGAGUUUCUACGCCUGCUGAUGGAAACACUGGCAGAGUCAGACAUGUUUGAAGGACCAGAGGGACACCUCAACUUGGCUCUCAGUUCCUCUGCUGUGCGGGAGGACAGAUAUUUCAUAGCUGGCAGAGCAAUUGCUGUCAGCCUGGUUCAUGGAGGCCCUCCACCAUGUUUCCUGUCGAGAACACUCUUUGCCUGCAUAGCAGAGGGACCUGAUGGAUGUAGGCCUGUACUGGAGGACAUUACAGACAUGGAACUCUAUAGUAAACUAAAACAGAUUUCUGAAGCCAAAACACUGGAGGAGCUGCGACAGUUUACAGAGCCACUCACUGACUACCUAGCCACUGCUGGCUGCUUGAGACAUCUUACAAGCCUGGUUGACAAGGACAAACUGUUGGAAGAUGUCCUGAUGUUUCAGGUGGUUCAGCGUGUCCGUGGUCCCUUGGAAAGGUUCAGUGAUGGAUUGAGAACACUUGGAGUGCUCCAGAAAAUAAAACAUCAUCCUGAAGCCUUUCGCCCUGUCCUGUGCUACAGCCCUGGGACCCUGACUGCUGAAAUUAUGGAUCACCUGUUUGCCAUAAGAUGGUCCGAGAUGGGAAGCAAUAACAGGGCGGAUGAGAACAGGGUGGUCGCCUACUGGAGGGAUUAUUUACAGGACGCUGAAGAGGACGAAGGACCGCCAAAGCUGGGAGACAUUCUGUCAUUUGCAACAGGGUGCGAUGUGAUGCCACCCAUCGGGUUUUCUCCUAAACCGUCUCUGGAAUUCCAAAGAGGGAGAUACCCGAUAGCAAACACAUGUGUAAACUGUCUCAGAAUACCUCUUCACCAGUCCUACGAGGACUUUAAGAGUAACAUGGACUUUGCAAUCCGAAACACUCAGGGAUUUGGAAUGGAGUAA